CGUACCGAUUCAAAUGGGCCACUUGCAAUCCUAACCUAAAAACCACAGAGAGAACACAUGCCAUUUAUUGAUUUCUAUGUGAUGCCGACUGUCGAGUCUCGUUAGCUGUUCUUGUGUCUACCGGCCCACCUUGGGGAGAUGGGGUAACAACCCUUCUGGGGUGGACUGUUGUUGUGUGUAUUUGUGCGAGUUUAUAGUGCUUAAAAACUUCUAUCGGCGUGUUAACAUUUUAUUUUUAAGAUGACGAGUAAUAAAUCGCCGGAAACUACCAAGAAUGGGCACGAAUUAGCCCCCUUGAACUCUAAGGGUGGUAGAGAAGGUAAAGGAGUUACAAUAGUGCUGCAAGGGCCUAGAGGGUCCAUCAUUUCUAGGGGUAGUGGAUCAGCGGUGGACCAAGAUCCCGAUAGGGCAGCGUGGUCUGGGAAGAUGCAGUUUUUCUUGUCAAUUAUAGGGUAUUCUGUGGGGUUGGGGAAUAUUUGGAGGUUUCCCUACCUGUGUCAACAGAAUGGAGGAGGUGCCUUUUUGAUUCCAUUCGCUAUAAUGCUGGUAUUCGAGGGAAUACCACUCUUCCUUAUCGAAUUAGGAAUCGGACAGAAGAUGAGGUUAGGUUCAUUGGGUGUCUGGAAUACCAUCCAUCCCUGGCUUGGUGGAAUUGGUAUCUCGUCGUGCCUGGUGACCUUCUUCGUUGCCCUUUACUACAACGUUAUCAUCACGUGGUGUUUUUAUUACUUUUUCAAUAGUUUUCAAUACCCACUGCCAUGGCAAGAAUGCCCUGUUCUAAAUGGCACAAUUGUUGAAGAAUGUGAUUUAUCUUCAGCCACAGCGUACUUCUGGUACAGAACAACGCUAGAUUCCUCAUCCACCAUAGAGGGAGGUGGUUACCCAAGAUGGUGGAUAGUGUUGUGCCUUUUGCUAUCUUGGAUCGUUGUUUUCUUCAUUGUGAUGAAAGGAAUACAGAGCUCAGGCAAGGUUGUUUACUUCACUUCCAUGUUCCCGUACAUAGUUCUGACGAUCUUCUUCAUAAGAGGUAUCACUUUGGAGGGCGCCAGUGCUGGGUUAGCCCACAUGUACACUCCCAAGGUUGAGAAGCUUCUAGAUCCGAAAGUUUGGCUUGACGCAGCCACUCAGGUCUUCUAUUCAUUUGGCUUGGCCUUCGGAUCCCUCAUAGCUUUCGGAUCUUACAAUACUCCGAAGAACAAUUGCGUUCGUGAUGUAAUACUGGUGUCAAUUUGUAAUGCCGUCACUGCAAUUUACGCAAGUGUUGUGAUAUUUGCCAUUCUUGGCUUCAAGGCUGUCAGUAAUGUGAAUAAAUGUGUGUUAGACAAUAAAAUGAUUCUACAAAAAUCUGGAUUAAUUCCAAAUGUGACAGAUCUGUCGACAAUAAAUGAUGAUAUCUAUAACUCUGUGAUGGCUAGUAUUCAGAAUAAGACCGCUUAUAAACUGAGAGAAUGCUCUCUCGCCAAAGAAUUGGAUGCUGCAGCUGAAGGUACAGGUUUAGCUUUCAUAGUGUUCACUCAGGCUAUUGUUGAACUACCUGGUGGUCCAUUUUGGGCAGUUAUAUUCUUCAUGAUGCUACUCUCUUUGGGUAUUGGAUCUCAGAUUGGUAUUCUGGAAGGAAUGUUGUGUACUGUCUUUGAUAUAGAGAUAUUCAAGAGGAUAAGGAAAGAGUACAUUACUGCCUGCGUAUGCUGCAUCUGCUUCUUCGUCGGCUUGAUCUUCACCACUGGCGCCGGAGAGUAUUGGCUGAAGCUGUUCGACUCCUUCGCCGGCACUAUUGGCCUGGUGGUCGUGGCCCUCAUGGAGAUGAUAGCCGUCAUCUUCAUCUACGGUCACGAGAAAUUCACCAAAGACAUACAGGACAUGACUGGUAUCAAACCAGGACCGUACUGGCAGUUCUGCUGGCGAUUCCUAGCACCCGCCAUCAUGAGCGUCAUCUUGGUCUCUUCCAUCAUCUCCAUGGUUCGGCAUCCUCCAGAAUACGAUGCCUGGAUAGCAGAAUUGGGUAACACUAUGAAGACGCCUUAUCCUGGUUGGGUAUUGGGUGUAGCAAUAGCCAUGGUGUUGGCUGGUGUUCUUCCAAUACCCAUAGUGUUCUUGCUACGACGAUACCAGUGCUUGAAAAUGGAUAUCAACAUUCACGAGGGGUCUAUAAGACGCAUCGACACCACUGUUUCUACCAAAGAAAUGAUAACGGAUGUUGAUUACGAUAAUGACGAGGAUUUGCACAACGAAUUGGGUCUCUACGAUGAAGAUUCAGAUUAUGAGGAUUAUUUUGGACCUCAAUUGAACAACCCUCAAGUCGGUAGCUCUUAUACCAUAAGGAUGAAUGUCUGAGGACUGUACAGGAUCCGCAACCAUAGAUUUUCGAGUGAAGAUAACAGAUGAUCACUAGAUUGAGGUAGAAUAAUUUACGAAAAUUCAUUUUGAUAGAUUGCAUACCCCAACAUGUUUGGGUGUUCCUCAAGGCGGUAACAUUGGUCCGUUGUGGAUCCUGUGCAGCCCUCGGGAUUUGUUAUGUUAAUACUUAGGUCAGUUGUUGCGGAAUUGCUUUGUAUUUUUUUAUGUAUAUAGUGUAAAUAGAAGGAGAUAAACUUGGUGAACGUUUACUUAUAGGAAAAUGAUUCAUAUUAGUAUGGUGCCAAAGAGAUGUAAAUUGCCUGUAAGAAUGUAGAUAUGUACAUUGAAUUGAGUUUUAUUGCUGUACCAGACGGAUACUUUCGCAGUACUCUAUAGGGACUAUACUCAGAAAAUACUCAUAAGUAUUUGAGUACGACUACUAAUAUGAGUAGUACUCAAAGAAUUAGUUGAUUGAAUGAUUCUCUGAUAGACAAAUGUUCAGUUAUAUAUUGUAGUUGGUACUCGUACUCUGUACUCAUACUCGGUACCGGUCCUGUACUGAGUACUUAAAAAUUGAAAUUUCUGUAAUUUUAGCGUGCUGAGCGCCUCAAAACGAAAGUAUCCACGAUUACUAGUCAUUGAGUACUUUACGUACUCGGGUACAAUCUGGUCUGAAUUCCAACUUCCCAGCAAUGAAGCCGAGGUGAUAUUCGAUAUGAGGGUUAGACUUUUUUAUAAAAAAAAAUUCUGAAUAUUGAUUUCCGCAUUGUUUUGCAACUUUGGCUCAAUACUAUGGCAUGUUAUGAUCAUUGGGGUUUUUCAAAGUGAAAAAAUAGCUUGUUUAGCUUUCGAUAAGUUUCAGAAUUAUCUGAAUGAGGUGGUAGGAUAGAAAAAUGUACAGGAAAAUAUCGGAAAAUGAUGUGUUUUCACUGAGGAGGUUGGUGAAGUUGAUUUUUAUCAUAUCGAUUGGAUCUGUAUACGCCGUAGGGAAAAAUGAUGAAAGCAAUUUUUUCAUAGUAACUCAAAUCAAUUAAUUCAUUUUUAGAUUUUUUCGAUGUGCUAUUGAACAUAGUUUUAUAGUAAAUGAUGUGAUGUUAUUGUUGUUUACCAGAUAUAUCUACUUUUCGACGGAAUUUUAGAACUACAGAACGAAUCAUCGUAAUCAGAAGGAAUUUGAAGUAGAUUUCCAUGAAACAGAAUUAGUUUUCCAAAUAUACACACUUUCAAAAUUAGGGGGACGGGCAAAAUCUCAACAAAUUUUGUAUUUCAUUUUUUCUUGUACCCUUCGAACAAUUUUUGCAACUUUUUUUCAAUAGUGGCUUGAUUCUUCGGGAAGAUAAUUGUUCAGAUCCUCACUUACUUCAUUUCUCCUGUUUUAUACAGAAGUGAAAGAAGAAGUCAAUUCAAGCUAUUAUUCUGAAAAACCUGUUUAUUUUUUUAUUAAUUUCAAUAUUUAAUUUUUGGGAGAAAUUACACCUCACAAUCACUUAAAUCGACUAAGGUCUCAAGAUGAAAUAACUGACAAACUUCGUUGAGAUUUUGUCAGUUUCCCUAAUUUUGCUGUAGUGUCUAGAAUCAGAAGUAGGUAAAAUUUGUGAUAGAAAAACCAGAAUUUCAAUCAAAAUAUUUUUCAUUUCAAGCAACCAAAAUAUUUUUUACAGCCCCAAAUCUUCCAAUAAACCGGAUUAUGUAAAAGGCAGAUCUGAAAUUGAAAAGUCCGUUUCAUGAUAAAGAAACCUAUGAUUGUGCCUAGAAAUUUGCUAAAAAUUUACCACAGUAUUACUUCAAAUGAAGAAAGUAUUCUUCUUGAAAAUUUAUAGCACGAAUACCUAAAUACAAUUCAACGUACCUAUAUGAAAUGUGAUAUCAACUGUUUUCCAAUUAUUACUACUGUUCCUGAUUUCUCAAGGCACUCUUCAUGUAAUGCACAUUUUUCGGUAUCUGUUUAAAAUAAAUUUGAUCACAUAAUUCUUUAUUGUGAAAUUUUAUAAUAUAUCUAAACAGUGAAUGAGAUUAACCUAUGAAAAAUGUUUUAAAAUUAUAACUUGUUGAUUUGUUAAUUUCCUUUAUUAUUCAUAUUGACUAUCAUAAGAAAUAAUAUAGCUGAAAAAUAUUGGAUUCGAUAUGAAUUAGAUGAAAACAAUGGAAUAGUGUUGGUAUUUUAAUUUGUUGGAUAAUUGAUAUUUCCAAUUUCAUUGCAUUCAAUGAAUUUCAACUGAAACGAUCAAUAACUUCAAAUCAAAUAAACUAAAUUAAUUUCCACAAAUUUUUUAUUUCAUUUGAUAAUGAAUUUCCAUUACGUAAAGAUCGAAUCCAUUUAAUAUCAAUUAAUUCAAUUGAAAUGGAAAAUUACCUAUGAUUUUCAUUGAUAUCAAAAAUUUUAUUGAUCAGUUUUCGAUUUUGGUCAAUUCAUGAAUGGAUAAAAAAUUUGAUUUGAAUUCCAAUACAGG